CACCAAAGAUAUAAAUAAGGGAUUUGGUUAGGCGUAUUCUACAAUCGCGACUGGCAACGGCUACAAUGACACUUCUAACAGCUGUCUGUUCUUUACUGCUCUUAGCAGGAGCUUGCUAUGCAUCCGAUAGAAUUGUUGGAGGAUCUCCGACUACCAUCGAGCAGUACCCGUGGAUGCUGCAGGUGGAAGGCCAGUCGCUCUAUAACGGAGCUUGGGUCUUUAUGUGCGGCGGCAACAUCUUAAAUCAAGCAUUUAUAUUGUCUGCAGCUCAUUGUUUUGAUGGAUCGUUCUACGCACCGGAAUGGCGUCGUAUGAGAGCUGGCUCUACCUAUAUAGAAACUGGUGGAGUUAUUGCCUACGUGGAUAAAGAAUUCAACCACCCAAGCUACGGCUUGAAUGCUUACGACGGUGACAUCACUGUCGUCAGGCUGAAGAAUUUCCUCUCUCUGACGCCAUCCAUCCAGCAAACCACCCUCAUCUACCAAGGAGCUGUCAUCCCCGACAAUGUUCCAGUUUAUCACGCAGGAUGGGGAGCGAUUGGAUAUUAUCAGCCGGAAUCUGAAGUGCUCUUGGACGUUCAAGUCUACACAAUCAACAAUGACCUUUGCCGUGAACGUUACGAAACGCUAGACGAGCCUUGGUACGUCGUGACCGAAAACAUGAUUUGCGCUGGAAUCCUCGACGUGGGAGGCCGCGACGCCUGCCAGGGAGACUCCGGUGGCCCUCUCUACUUCCAGAAUAUUCUCAUCGGAGUGGUAUCCUGGGGACAUCUCUGCGCUAACGAGACCUUCCCUGGAGUCAGCGUUGCUGUAGCGUCAUACACAAACUGGAUCGUAGAAACUGCAGUUUUGUAAACUGAUUUCUUUGGUGAAUAAAGUAAUAUGAUUCCGA